AUGUCAGGACUCGCUUUACCUACUUCUACUGCAUCAUCAUCUAAAGCCGGACCGUCGACUACCAAUACUACUACUAAUGGCACGUCAGAGAUUUUAAGAGAUGAUGAGAGAUUGGAAGGUGAAGGUGAUAUUAUGAAAAGACCACCUAAUAAAGUGAUCAGCAGUGUUCCGGAGAUAACGGCUGUCCAAGGCUUGGUACCCACACUACAAAAUAUCGUAGCGACUGUGAAUCUCGAAUGUAGAUUAGAUUUAAAAACAAUCGCUUUACAUGCUCGAAAUGCGGAAUAUAAUCCAAAGCGUUUCGCAGCGGUGGUAAUGCGUAUCCGGGAUCCAAAAACAACAGCAUUGAUAUUCGCAUCUGGGAAAAUGGUAGUCACAGGAGCCAAAUCAGAAGAUGAUUCAAGACUCGCUUCGAGGAAAUACGCAAGGAUCAUACAAAAAUUAGGAUUCGACGCUAAAUUCGCUGAGUUCAAAAUUCAAAAUAUCGUCGGAAGUUGUGAUGUGAAAUUUCCAAUUAGGCUGGAAGGUCUGGCUUUUAGUCAUGGUGCUUUCUCGAGUUAUGAGCCUGAGCUCUUCCCGGGUCUUAUCUACCGAAUGAUGAAACCCAAAGUUGUCUUACUCAUCUUCGUAUCUGGUAAAAUCGUCUUGACGGGUGCAAAAGUAAGAGAAGAGAUUUACAUGGCAUUUAAUCAAAUCUAUUCGGUCUUGGUCGAAUUCCGAAAAGAAGCAUAG